UAAUGAGAGAUCCAAUCCACUCUAUAAAUAAGGCUUAUCUCCAGCACUCCAAGAGCCAAGAAAAGAAUAGGAGAUAAACAAUGGCAGCCUUUCUCAAGCUCUUCUCUGCUCUCACUGUCCUCUCCAUCAUCCUAAACAAAGGUUGGGCAGCACCGUGCAGCAAAUCAGACAUAACAGUUCAACAAGUGAAAACCGGAGGAAUCAUCGAAGGGAAACCAGAAUACAAAGUGCUAGUGAGCAACAAUGGCAAGUGCAUUCAAUCAAAGGUAAUCAUGAGAUGUUAUGGCUUAAGCAGCGUCGAAACAGUCGAUCCAAGGGCAAUCAGACCGCUGGAUGAAGAGCGAUGCAUCGUUCAUAGUGGAAGGCCUUUGGGUAGAGGAGCUAGUAUAGCAUUUAAGUAUGCAUGGAUGACUCCUCAGGAUUUCCCUGUGAUAAGUUCUCAGAUUCACAAUUGAGGGGAUUUUAGCGACAUUUGUGUGUGUUUUUCAUACAGGGUUUGUGUUUACUAUUGGCCGGGUUUGGAUAGUUAAGGAAAUGUCCAUAUCCAGUGCCUCAAUAGGAUUGUUGUUGCUUUUGUGUUGAAAUUGGAAAGAGAAUUUCCACUGUAAGCGAGGAAAGCAGAAAGUCUGUUUCCUCCAUUGUUGAGAAUAUACUAUGUAUCCUGUUACAUAUACUAGACUUGACCAAAUGGCUCUAUGUGCAUGUUUAACU